UUUAGGUUACUUUUCGCCGCAUAAACCCUAUAUACCAAAACAACCCAGAGACGGAUAUCAAUGGACAAUGGCAGAGAAGGGGCUAUACUACUCUAGAAUACAAGGAAGACUGAUGAACACAAUCCCAUUAUACUAUACUAUACCUAUACGCCGCAGUUCUCAGUCACAUCAGUAAGCCCUAACGGCAGGUUCUGCAAGAAACGACUCCCCCGAAUCACACCCAACACUUGCUAGCGCCUAGACGUCCCUCUUUCGCACAAAAGAACUGAAGCAGACGAUGAUGCCAAGAAGAAGAGCUUCUAUGUUCACUACAUUGUCCGCUUCUAUUCUUCUUCUUCAGGUAUGACUUAUCUGAAUUACUCCUCCCUUCGUACGUCUCUCAGAUCGGCCUCUUUUCAUUCCUCCAAAUCUUCCAUAAAAAACCGCAAUUUUGAAUUCAACGGCAUCGAUGAUGCUGUUGACUGCUUUAAUCGGAUGGUUCAUAUGCAUCCUCCACCUUCUACAGUCCAAUUUAAUCGAUUGUUUGGUUCAAUAGUGAAGAUGAAUCACUCUUCAGUGGUAAUUUCACUGGCUAAAUCUAUGGAGCUCUUUGGUAUCAAGCACGAUAUAUAUACUUUUAAUAUAUUGAUGAAUUGCUUUUGUUGUUUGAGGCGUGUGGAUUUUGGGUUUUCUCUUUUGGGAAAAAUCUUGAAACUUGGUCUCCAUCCUGAUCCCGCAACAUUCAACACCAUCAUCAAGGGAUUGCGUGCUGAGGGUAAAGCAGAACAUGCUGUGAGAUUUUUUAAUGAGAUGGUGGAUAAUGGUUUUCAACCCAAUGUUGUUACUUACACCACGAUCAUACGUGGAUAUUGCCAGGUAGGCAAAGUUCAAGCUGCAAAAGACCUUCUGAUGGAGAUGUGUGCAUGUGGUCAAACUCCAAACUUGAUAACUUACUCGACUCUAUUGGACGGUUUAUGCAAGCAUGGGUGUCUUGAUGAGGCAUUGGUUUUGUUUAAAGUAAUGCAAGAAAGUGGGCGAGAACUUCAUAUUGUAACUUAUAACACCAUCAUUGAUGGUUUAAGUAAAGGCGGAAAGCUUAAUGUUGCAAGGGACUUGUUUUCUAGCUUGUUUAUCAAGGGCCCAAAUCCUGAUAUAAACACUUAUAAUAUCUUGAUCAAUGGCCUCUGUAAAGAAGGACACUUUAUUGAAGCAUAUGAGCACAUCAGGGAAAUGGAAGGUAAUGGUUGCUCUCCAGAUGAAUGUACAUACAAUACCCUUAUAAGUGGAUUGUGCAAGGUAGGCAAAGUUCUAGUGGCAAGAAAUUUUCUUAAGGAGAUGUGUGCAAGCGGCCGUACUCCAAACAUGAUAACUUACUCGACUCUGUUGGAUGGUUUAUGCAAGCACGGGUGUCUUGAUGAGGCAUUAGCUUUGUUUAAAUCAAUACAGGAAAGUGGAUUGGAACUUAAUAUUACAGCUUAUAACACCAUCAUUGAUGGUUUAAGUAAGGCUGGGAAGCUUAAUAUUGCAAGGAACUUGUUUUCCAGCUUGUUUAUCAAGGGCCCAAAUCCUGAUGUAAAGACAUAUAAUAUCUUGAUCAAUGGCCUCUGUAAAGAAGGGCACUUAAGUGAAGCAUAUGAGCUCAUUAGGGAAAUGGAAGGUACUGAUUGCUCUCCAAAUGACGGUACAUACAUUACCCUUGUCAGUGGAUUAUGCAAGGUAGGCAAAGUUCAAGCGGCAAAAAAUCUUCUUAAGGAGAUGUGCGCACGUGGUCAUACUCCAGACUUGAUAACUUACUCAACUCUAUUGGAUGGUUUAUGCAAGCAUGGGCAUCUUGAUGAGGCAUUGACUUUGUUUAAAGUAAUGCAGGAAAGUGUGUUGAGACUUGAUAUUGUAACUUAUAGCAUCAUCAUUGAUGGUUUAAUUAAAGGUGGGAAACUUAAUAUUGCAAGGGACUUGUUUUCCAGCUUGGCUAUCAAGGGCCUAAGUCCAGAUAUUAAGGCGUACAGAAUCUUGAUUAAUGGCGUCUGUAGAGAAGGUCACUUAACUGAAGCAUACGAACUCCUCAGAGAAAUGGAAGGUAUUGGUUGCUCCCCAGAUGGCAAAAUUUAUAAUGCAAUCAUCCGAGGAUUUCUCCACAACAACAACAUAACUUUGGCAAUGCAGCUUCUUCAAGAAUUGGUUGCUAGGGGUUUCUAUGGAGAUGCAUCUACUGCGGAGAUGCUAGUGGACUUGUUAUUUAAUGAUGCAUAUGAAAAAUCAGUUUCCAAAAAACUUUGUAUGCUACUGUCAACUUGAUCUUUGAUGCAUGCAUGAGACCUAUUAUUCUUAAGUGAGUGGUGAGGUAAUUGUUGAAAUUUAGUCAAGUUGUUGGCUGAGGACUACCAUGCAAAUAUUCGCACGAAAGCCGUAGAGGUUGUAACAACCAUUGUCCAGAACAAUCCACGGAGUCAAUAACUUGUCGUGGAAGCAAAUGGCUUAGAACAUCUCCUUUGCAAUUUUGUUUCAGAUCCACAUGUUACUGUUCGAACUAAAGCACUUGGAGCUCUCCCAUCUUUAAUCUGACACAAUAAAACAGACAUGACUGCCUUUCGUCUCGCAAAUGGUUAUGCAGCCCUAAGAGAUGCCUUGGGUUCUGAGAAUGUGAGGUUUCAAAGGAAAGCCUUGAACUUGAGCCACAUUACCUACUGAAUGCAACCCAUGUUCACAACUGAGCUCUAUUUCAGUUCAACACCAGCAAACCCAGAGAACUAAUCUUCAGACCUCCUGUUUCCAUGGGCUCUCAGAAGCUGACCGGAAAGGUAAUAGACUGAGAUUAUUGACAGAGAGGUUCAAUUACGAUGUGAGGAGGUUGUCAGUGGUUCUGCUGUUGGUGGUGCAGUAGCUGCAACAGCGGCUCCAGGAGGUGGUGGCUCAGCUCCUGCUGCUGAAGAGAAGAAGGAAGAGGAGAAGAAGCCUGAAAAGGAGAGCGAGGACAAAGAUAUGGGAUUCUCUCUGUUUGAUUAGAGCCAUCUUUGUUGCUUUGAGUUGGUGUUAUUGUCUCUGUUGUGCUUCAUGAAGUUUGUGUACAGUUAAAAUUUUCCUAACCAGACCUCUAGGGCAGUAGUCUACUUGUGCACCCAGACUGAAAUAAUUUUAGCAAUUACUUGAACAUGUUGGCAACUAGAAAUGUGGAGUCUCAAUCAUUCCAGUGUGUAGAAAUUAGGUUACUAGCAGAUACCACCCUUGAGUUGCAAUUACUACUAAAUACGGUUUUGUGUUC